AUGUCGCUCAGAUUUUCCGGAAAGGCUGCUGUUGUAACUGGAGGGGGAAGUGGGAUUGGGCGAUCUGUUUCUGAAUUAUUCGCUAGAGAAGGUUGCAGUGUAGCAGUUUUGGAUUUAAAUCAAGACGGGAUGGAGGAAACAUUAAAAGUUCUCGAUUUUGACCAUGGUAACACACACUGCACUAUUAAGGCGGACGUGACCUCUUCCGAUCAAGCAAAAGAGGCCUUCAAGACUGCUGAGGAAAAGCUUGGGAUAAAAAUUACAGUUCUCGUUAACUGUGCAGGAAUUGCAACCAGUCCAAGUUCUUUUGACCAGAUGAAAGAAACUGACUUCGACAACGUUAUUCAAGUUAAUUUGAAAGGUACUUUCAUAAUGUGCAAGCAAUUUUUGUUGUCACUGGAAAACUUUAAUACUAAUUCCAAUGACACCCGAGCAACAGUGGUGAAUAUAUCUAGCAUUGCUGGCAUAAAAGGCAUAGGAGAAAUGUCCAACUAUGUUGCUUCUAAAUUUGGGGUCGUUGGCAUCACCAAAACCUUGGCUUUGGAAUACGGAAACCAUAAAGUUCGAUGCAAUGCGGUCUCACCUGGCCUGACCACAACGCCAAUACUAAAGGUGUUUUCCAGAGAUUUUCUAAAAGCGAUUGAAGAGGGUAUACCGAUGAAAAGAUUGGCGAAACCUGAGGAAAUAGCGAAAUGUAUUUUAUUCCUGGCAUCUGAUGAGAGUUCGUACGUAAACGGGGCAUGCCUCGAAAUCACUGGAGGAUAUGGGGUAUAAAUACAGACGUAGAAUACGUCGAUUGUCAUUCCGGAGAACUCCCUAAUCGCGCAUUGUAAAUAUUCU